GCGGCGUGGCGCUACAGGACGGACGGCAAGAAGCUGCCGCAGUUCCAGAAGGUCAAGGCCGUUGGCGAGGAGCUCAUUGCAACAUGGGCAGACGAGUACUCGUUCACGGUGCCUGGCGUGACGGCGCCGAUUGGCGGCCGCAAGUCUGUCGGCAAUGGCAUCCUCGGGCGCUGGACGCACCGCGGCAAGGACGGCGGCGAGGUGAAGCUCGUGUACGUGAAGCACAUCAACAGGGGCGAGUGGUACCAGAUCACCCACGGUUCCAAGCAGAUCCUCGAGCUGAAGGCCUACGCGCCAGAGUUUGAUGCGAGGGCGAAGGAGGAGGCGCUGAAGUGGGCGGCCGCCUACGCGAGCUUGGAGAAAGACGUCGCCGACAUCAAGUUGCUGAAGAUUGAGUUCCUGAAAGUGUACGGGUCCGAGAACUGCCAGGUUCGGAGACAUGCUGCAAAGGACCUUGGUGACACCGAGCCGCCAGCGCAGACGCCCGUGACGACGGGCAAAGCCAAAGGCAAAGCGAAGGGCAAAGCCAAGGAUGACGAGCUCGACUCAGAGGGCGAGCUCGACUCCGAUGACGAGGAGGACGAUGACGAAGGUGAGCCCGAAGACGCAGCUGGCCAAGACGAGGACCCUGCCGAGCCCACGGAUGUCGCCGACAAGAAGCCAGCGGUGGCCACAUCCGCAAAGGCUGCCGCGAGCAAGAGGCCAGCAGCUGCGACACUCGACAAGCCAUCGUCCAAGCAGCGGAAGGCGGAGCAACAUUCGCAGGAUGAGGGGGAUCCGCCUGUGGACGAGGCCAAGAAGAUGCCCGAGGCCAAGACGACGUCCGAGGGCAAUGACCUGCACCGCGUGCCGAAGUCCGAGGGCGCCAGCGAGCACUCCACGGACUCCCAGAAGGCCGACAAGCGCGGCGUCGCCAUGGUCGAGCAGGCCAUCAUGGAGACCAAGGACGUGCCGCACGACCACAAGAAGGGCCAGUGCCAGUUCUUCGACGAGACUGAGCUGCUCCCCAACGGCCGCAACUCGGCCGACCCCAACGAAGUGCUGGUGAUGGAGCGGCUGACUGAGAUUUUCGACUCGAGUGAGUUCAGAGACAUGCUCGGCCAGAAGGGCCACAGUGACCUCGAGACGGAAAUGCAAUCAUUAGCGGGAGAUAUAGACAAAGAUGGGCACCUCCGGGACCCAUCCAAGUGGGGCAUCAGCAUCCUUGCCGACGGCAGCAAAUCAGAUGAUAACAAAUCCACGGUUGAGCCUGGGGACGACGGUAAAUCUAUCAAGCGCAGGAAGCCAGGCAAACUUGACAUCGAAUCAGAGUUCAAAUUCUGGCAGGACAUCGCUUCAGGGGGGUGGGAUGUGCCAACGGAUUCGAAAAAGAGUGCUCGUGCGAGGAAGACCCAUCGUUAA